UAGUUAUUAAAAUCCAAACCAAAAUCCCCCAAACGAAGCUCAUCGUCGUCUUCAGUCAGAGCAGAGAGCAGAGAGCAGAGAGAGAGAGAGAGAGAGAGAGUCGGUGAUCGGGAGCAAUGGGAGGAGGAGGAGGAGGCGAGGGAGGAGACUUCAGAGGGAAGGUAUGGAGCAUGAGCGGUGGGCCCUACUGCAGGCCCAAGCACUGGAAGCGCAACACCGCGAUUGCCAUGUUCGGCGUCUUCCUCGUCUGCAUUCCCAUCGCCAUGAAAUCUGCCGAGCUCGAGCAACGGCCACACCAACCUGUUCGCCCCAUUCCUUCACAAAUGUGGUGCAAGAACUUUGGAAAGAAGGACUACUGAGUUUGUUUCUUGCGCAUCCAGUAAGAGUACAGGUGGAGGUUGUGUAACUAAAGCUUCCAGAAUGCAAAUUAUUCCUUGUGGUAGAUGUUUGCUGAGAUUAUGAGCGAGCAGCGUUUUAAGACAUUAUUGUGAUCAGGCUUAAACAGCACUGAAUUUAUGACUUACUGUGAGUUUUUGACUUGCCAUACCAUCAAUUACCAAAAUAAAUCGUCAAAUGUCUUCCUAGUUUAAAUAAGAUAUUUGAAUUGGUCAUACUUUAUCUGCUAA